CUCUUACUAAGUUGCAGUACGAAUGUACAUAUGUAUAAGUUACUAUGUGUGUUUACUGGGCCGAGUAGAAGCCAUAAUAUACUUGCUAACGCAUUUGUCAGAUCUCUGUUGAAAGCUGGGCAUGAGGUAACAUGGGUAACUCCGUAUGAAGACAAUAAGCCUCAGAAAAACUUAACGUUUGUUUACGUUAGUGAUAUAUUAAAAAUUACAGAGAAUUUUAAGCCGGCGGACAUUAGCAAAACACAAUCUGUAUCUUUCAUAUUAGAGCUGAGCAGAAACCUGAAUAUCGUUACGCUUGAAAAUAAACAACUCAGGGAUAUGUUGAUAACGCAACAAUUUGAUGCUGUUGUUACUGAGUGGUUCAUGACAGAAGUAUACGCCGGAUUCGCAGCCGUCCAAGAAGUUCCUUGGAUAGUUUUCUACGCAGCUCAUAUCUACGCUCCCCUUGAAAAUCUCGUGGAUGAUGUUCGCUCAAUUUCGACUGUGCCGUCAAUAAUGACUGGAUUUCCGAUACCUAUGAACUUUUGGCAACGGCUAGCCAAUACUGUAUCGUUUAUGUUGUUCACUGGAUUGAUGUGGUACAAUGCAGCUGCUAUACAUGAAUCCGAUUACAUAACAUACUUCUCUUCCCUGGCCCAGGCUAGAGGGGUAGAUUUACCGCCUUUCAGGGUAGCUUCUUCCAACAUAUCCCUAUUGAUGCUCAAUUCCCAUCCAUUAAUCGCUCCAGGGCAGUCCUUACCACCCAACGUCAUUCAUAUCGCUGGAUAUCACAUUGAUGAAGGUGUCCCUCUACCUAAGGAUCUUCAAGAAAUAAUGGACAACUCUUUACAAGGAGUGGUGUACUUCAGCAUGGGUUCAGUAGUGAAAACUUAUGCGAUUCCAGAAGAGAUGAUACAUGAACUGAUAAACAUUUUUGGCUCACUGAAAAUGACCGUUUUGUGGAAACUACAGUUUGCACCUAUGGGAUUGCCUAAAAAUGUUCACAUUAGGAAUUGGUGGCCGCAACUUGGUAUUUUAGCGCACCCUAAUAUCCGUCUAUUUAUAACCCAUGGUGGCAUCACUAGCGUAAUCGAAGCAAUCCACUUUGGAGUCCCUAUCCUCGCUUUGCCCAUAUACAGCGAACAGCCCGCCAAUGCUCGUCGAGCCGAAGACACUGGAUAUGGACGAGUGGUACUGGAACCAACGUUUGGUCCGCAGUUUUAUGCAGUUUUGACAGAUAUGCUGAACAACGACAGUUAUUACCGCAAAGCGAAAUAUAUGUCGGAAGUUUUUAAAAAUCGCCUUACACCACCGUCUAAACUAAUAUCUUAUUACAUCGAAUUAGCCAUUGAAACUAAAGGAGCCUACCACCUGCGUUCAGUGACGUAUUUAUACAAAUGGUACGAAAGAUGGAUGCUGGACCAAGCAGCAUUCUUUGCAGUGGCACUGUACGUGUUGAAGAAAAUAAUACAGAAAGUUUCCAAUGUGAUAUGUGGAAAGAAACAGAAAGUCCAGAAGGAACGUGUAUUAGAAAAACAAAAAAAGAAGCUGUACAAUGCAGCUGUAGAUGCAAGUUAUUAUGAAUUUUACUUCUCCCCCAUAGCCCAAGCUAGAGGGAUAGAGCUACCCCCGAUCGGGGUUGCUUGUUCCAACAUAUCCAUAUUGAUGCUCAACUCUCAUCCAUCCAUCGCUACGGCGCAGAGUUUGCCACCUAACGUCAUUAAUGUGGCUGGAUUCCACAUUGAUGAGGGUGUCCCCUUACCUCAGGAUCUUCAAGAACUUCUUGACAAUUCUCCACAAGGAGUGAUAUACUUCAGCAUGGGCUCAAUAUUGAAAACAUCUGCAAUCCCAGAAGAGACUAUUCAUAAAUUAGUACAAAUUUUCGGAACAUUAAAAAUGACAGUGCUGUGGAAAUUAGACGUUGUGCCUACGGGAUUGCCUAAGAAUAUUCACGUUAGGAACUGGUGGCCACAACCUAGAAUUUUAGCGCACCCUAACGUCCGUCUCUUCAUAACCCAUUGCGGCGGCCUUAGCACAAUCGAAGCAAUCCACUAUGGAGUCCCUCUUCUCGCCGUACCCGUGGCUGGGGAUCAGCCCGCCAAUGCUCGGCAAGCUGAGCGAGCUGGGUAUGCACGUGUGGUGCCAUAUGAACCAGAAUUUGCUCCAAAGUUGGAGAUACUUCUGACAGAAAUGUUAAACAACAACAGCUACCACACACGAGUGAAGUAUUUGUCGAAAAUCUUUAAUAACCGCCCUACACCACCGUCUCAACUAAUAUCACAUUACGUCGAACUAGCCAUUGAAACGAAAGGAGCCUACCACCUUCGUUCAGCGACGUAUUUGUACAAAUGGUACGAAAGGUGGAUGCUGGACCAGGUGGCAUUCCUUGUAUUAGUACUGUACGGGUUGAAGAAAAUAAUACGGAAAGUUUGUAGUAUGAUGUGCAGAAAGAAACAGGAGGUGCAGAAACCUUCGUUAGAAAACAAUAAAUCAAAUGCUGGGCGUAAGAAGAAGGUGCAAUAACACAUUGAGAUGUAAAUUUAAACUCUUUUAACUAGAAAUAAAA